CGCGAGGUGCCCCACGCGUACGAAACCGUCCAGCCAUUCACAUUUGCGCUCAUACUUCCGACUGCGCUCAGGAUACAUGGACAACUUUUUCGUUGUGUGAAUGUCAGCAGGGAACAUCUCUGAAAUUGUAGUCACAAAAAAACUGUUCACUUCUUAACUGUGUUUUGAUACAAGUCGAAAAUGUGAUUUCUCUCAUGGGGAUAUAGCAUCGUACCAUGGUUUUGGAACCCGGCGUCUCCACCAGGACAUGGACUGCUGCAUAGUCCCCGUGGCAGCCUAUUGUAUUCAUGCAUCCCAAAAGGACGCGCGAAUGCAAUGAAUUUCUUGAACAAAAUGGGAUUAUGUGACCCAACCAGUAAUACAACCAAUAGCUCAUAUGACCAUGGGAGUUUUGGCAUUGAUGGGUACAUGAAUCUAAGUUCCGGGGGCCCGAUGCCUGUGAUGGAGGAAGUAAAUAUCAGCAACAGUGAGAGCAACAGCAUGCCGAAGAGCAUUGCUCUCAUCUGCUUCCUGUCCCUGGUGAUGCUCAUGAGUGUCCUGGGGAACCUCCUGGUCAUGACGGCUGUCUGUAAGGACCGCCAGCUCAGAAAAAUCAAGACCAAUUACUUCAUAGUAUCGCUGGCCUUUGCAGACCUGAUGGUGUCGGUGCUGGUGAUGCCGUUUGGUGCCAUCGAGCUGAUCCACCAGAACUGGAUUUAUGGAGAAACCUUCUGCCUGGUCCGAACAUCUCUAGAUGUUCUGUUGACAACAGCCUCCAUAUUACACCUGUGUUGCAUAGCCCUGGACAGGUACUAUGCCAUCUGCUGCCAGCCGCUGGUCUACAGGAAGAAGAUGACAUCACUGAGAGUGGCUCUAAUGUUAGGAGGAUGCUGGGUAAUCCCCACCUUUAUAUCCUUUCUACCCAUUAUGCAAGGAUGGAACAGUAUUGGAAUAGACCAUUUGAUAGAGGAACGGAAGUUCAGCGGUGACGCAGUCAACGCGACGGCGUGUGUCUUCAUGGUCAACAAGCCCUACGCUCUGACGUGUUCCGUGGUGGCCUUCUACAUCCCACUGGGGUUGAUGGUGCUGGCCUACCAGCGCAUCUAUGUGACUGCACGGGAGCACGCACGCCAAAUCAGUAUGCUGCAACGGGCGGGGGCCGCCUCGGCAGACAGCGCCGACCACCAGCGCAACCACCGCAUGCGUACAGAGACUAAGGCGGCCAAGACUCUGUGCAUCAUCAUGGGCUGUUUCUGCCUGUGCUGGGCCCCUUUUUUUAUCACCAACGUGGUGGACCCCUUUAUAAACUACACAGUGCCGGGCCAGCUGUGGGCAGCAUGCCUGUGGCUGGGCUACAUUAACUCCAUGCUUAAUCCCAUUCUCUAUGCCUUCCUGAACAAGUCCUUCCGCCGUGCCUUCCUCAUCAUCCUCUGCUGUGGCAGAAAGCGUUACAGCGCCAGGCGGCCAUCCAUACUGGGGCCGGGGCCCCCCUGCUCAGCCACACAGAUCAACGGCUCCACCCAUGUGCUCAAGUAUGCUGCCCUGCAUAAUGGAAACCACAUUGAACAGGAAAAGCAGUCGUUGCAAAGAGAGGACACAGAGUCACAGGAGUCCUGCUUCUGACAACCACAGACAGAUAGACAGUCAGACAGACACCUCCCCAUGCAGGAUGAGACAGGGACUGGGUCAGAACCAUCCCUAGAGGGGGUCAUUCUAAAACAGCCUCUCCAACUGAGAGACAGCCGACUCGACAACGUCUCCGGACUUCAUUCUUAGUAGCAGGAUUUGAUUAUGGAAUGUUGAACACUACAAGGUGGACAAUGUUGCCAAAGCUAUUUGAUAUGAACUUGGUUUUAAGAUAUGUCCUUCCAUAUUUCCUUGAAGGACAACACUCCAAAUCUCUCUGAUCCACUAUAGCUCCGUUAGAAGAGAGAAUGUUUCAGUAAGGCUUAGAGUCACUUAGAAUGAAGCAUUAACUUGAAAUGUUCUAAUUUAAAAAAUGUAAAGGUUUCUUAUCUCUCCCUGUCAUUGGUGCCCUGUACUCAAUCACUAGCAGCCUACUUUCUCUUGAUGUUCUGCACAAUCUUCAAAAGCCGAAAGGGAUAGAAAGUAAUUGAACACACCUACGGUAAAGUAUGAAGUAAUUCAGCUCUUGACCGACUCUUGAUGAGUAUUAUUAGCUGCUAAAAUAUAUAAAGGAUUCAUCCCUUCCCUGUCAUGACUCAUCUCUCAGAUGUAUACAAGGAUGGACCAUGCAAUAAGAUGGACAUGUUUCCAUGAAAGCUUUUAAAAAGUUCUGGUUGCUGGAGUAAUCUUGGUCACAGUAUUUUGCCUCCUACUGCUGCUGUGUGGUAGUAUACUACCGUACUCUGUACAGUACGUGUGUGCAUACUUGAGAUCAUGUCCUCUGCUUUUUGAAGUGCCGCUCUCAACAUCACGUGUGUUUAGUCCAGUCCACAGUAACAUCCAAUGUCUUAUACAUGACUAACAGUAGCCUGUAAACAUGUGCCAGAAUGUACUCACAUUUUCAUUCAUUUUAUAUUCAUAAACAAUCAAAGGUAUCCUUGAACUGUAUACACAGCACUUCAGUCAAUGUUUACUUGCACCUGAAAUGUAAACAUUGGCUUUUUCACUUAGGUUAUUUUCCUGUGCAAUUUCAGAGCAAACCAAUCCACUUUCUGAGUCCUUCAGUAGGCUACCAAUGAGGUCUAGCUCAUGUAAGGUAUUCGCCACCAAAGCCAGCAUUUAAUUUUCUAAAUAAAUAGAGGACCAGUAG